GCUCCUGGCUCACACGCACCUCCCGCCAUCCCUCGCAACCGGAAGUUCCCGGCGGGACGGAACGCGGGACAGGGUCACAUCUCUCAACGCGCCCAGCCGGCUGCUUCCUCCUCAGAUGGUGUAAGCCGGUGGGCUAGCAGAGGACAUGCCGUUACUGCACCGGAAGCCGUUCUCCCGGCACCCGCCGCCCCCGGACCUCGAGCCCACGGAGCGCCUCUUCCAUUGCCGGGUGACCAACGAGAUCUUCAGGGACUAUGACGAGUUCUUCGAGCGCACUAUCCUAUGCAACAGCCUGGUCUGGAGCUGUUCUCUCACUGGCAAAUCCGGACUUACGUACCAAGAAGCACUUGAAUCGGAGAAGAAAGUCAGGCAAAGUUUGCAGAGCUUCCCAGAGCCCCUGAUCGUGCCCAUCCUAUACAUCUCUACCCUCGCCAACCACCAGCGCGUGGCAGAUCUUUGCGCCGACGUCUUCGGAUACGUCAAGAACAGAUUCUUUGUUGGGGAGACUGUGGACGUGGUGAGAAACAGCGGCGCCAGAUUGGAGUGCAAAGUUUUGGAAGUCAAACUACCUCCCCAGCAAAAUGGCGUGGCGAAUGGUCAUGACAAAGAGGAGGACACCAUCGUCAUCAGUGAUAGUGAUGACGAGUCUCCUAAGACUCCCCCGCAGAACACGAAGAGCAAAGAGCCCGUCGAUCCAUCUUUACUCAAAUACAAAGUGGAGCCUAUCGUAAAGGAGUUAUACGAAUCUGUUACUGUUAGGUCAUCACAACUCAGUCGAAAACCGACUUUGUUUUCUCCGGAGCGACUGAAACUUUUCCUAAAGCUGCACUGUGAGCCCCAGAAUGGGAUCCUAAAGCCCAAGGCCAGUUCACUUACAAAGUAUGAGGUUUCAGGGGAAAGCUUCCAUUGUUAUUUUCCCGAUGAUCCUCCGAUCUUUCAGCUCCCCGCGGCGAACCGAAAACAAAUGGGAAGAUCUCCGGCCAGCCAGCACUUAUCCAGAGGCAAUGGUUUACCAAGCAAACAAAAUCAGAGCAAAGCAGCUAAAGAGAGAGAGAGAAUCUUGAAGCACAAAAAGGAGCUGAAAGCUAUGGAACUGGAAAAGGCAAGGAUGCGCCGAGUGCGUGCAGAACUGGAAAAGGCGAAGCUUAUAGAACGGAAGAACAAGGACCGGCAAAAAGAGGAACUGAAAAAGAUGGUCGAAGUAGAAAGAUUGAAGAGGAAAGAAGAAAUUGAGCGGAUCAAAUUGGAAAAAGAGAAGGAAAGGGAGAAAAUCCGUGAGGAGAAGCGGAAAUACGCCGAACAUCUGAAACUUUGGAGCAAGCCCAGAGAAGACAUGGAAUGUGACGACCUCAAGGAGCUGCCUUUGCCCAUUCCUGUAAAAACCCGGAUCCCUCCUGAAUGUUUCGGAGAUGCCGUCAUGGUUUUAGAGUUCCUCCAUGCCUUUGGAGAGCUGUUCGAGCUCAAGGACGAGUUUCCUGAUGGAAUGACGUUUGAGAUGCUUGAAGAGGCCUUGGUUGUCAGUGACCCUGAAGGGCCGCUGUGCGAGCUGCUGUUUUUCUUCCUGUCUGCCAUCUUUCACGCCAUGACCGAAGAGGAGGAGGAGGUGGCAAAAGACCAGAUACUGGAGGCAGAGACAAAAGAUUUGACAGAAGCGUUGGACGAGGCUACUGACCCAACCAAAUCGGCGCUGUCUGCCGUGGCCGCUUUAGCUGCUGCUUGGCCGCAGUUACACCAAGGCUGCAGUUUGAAGGAUCUAGAUUUGGACAGCUGCACGCUAUCGGAGAUCCUGCGGCUCCACAUAUUGGCAUCAGGUUCCGAUGCAAAUUCAGCCAACGCCAAGUAUAGAUACCAGAAGCAGGGCGGAUUUGAUGCCACUGAUGAUGCGUGUUUGGAGCUUCGCCUUACCCACCCCGCCAUAUUGAAGAAGCUCUCCUCCUUGUCUGUGUACGCCUUGUUACCCGGUGAGAAACUGAAGAUUCUUCACGCGUUGUGCGGCAAAUUGCUCACGCUAGUCUCUACCAGAGAUUACAUUGAAGAUAACUUCGAAGAGCUCCGCCAGGCUAAGCAAGAGUUCAGAGAACUGAAAGCUGAACAGAACCGCAGGGAGAAGGAAGGCGCAGCGGCCAGGAUUCGAAAACGAAAAGAAGAUAAGCUGAAGGAACAAGAACUUAAGAUGAAAGACAAGCAAGAGAAAUUGAGAGAAGACGAAAAUGCCGGCCUAGCUAGAGCUCCAGGGAAUGAAGACCAAGAGGAGUUGGAUACAAGUUCAGAGAAUAAGGACCCGGAGCAGAAAGAGCAAGACUCUGAAGAUGAAGAAGAAGCCACGCCGUUUGGCAAGAAAGGCAGAGGAAACAAGGGCCAAAAUGGCUUUAAAGAUGGGAAGAACAAAGAUCCAACCUCUGAGGGAACAUUGGAGAAGAAAGAACCUCUGACUCCUGAAGAGGAAGAGUCACUGAGGCAGGAGCAGCAAAAGAGAGAGCAGGAGUUACUGGCAAAGAUACAGGCAGCCACAGCUUCUACCAAUAUCUCCCCGCUGGGGCGCGAUCGUUGGUAUAGGCGCUUUUGGACAUUCUUUUCCUUGCCGGGCCUGUUUGUAGAGGAAGACUAUUAUGGCGUCACAGAAGACAUGCUACAGCCUCGUCCCAUUUCUCAGCAAGAGGCUGCAGAUCUUGCACUUAACUCUCAUGAAUCGCCAGACCAGGAAGCCAAGGAAGAGCUUUCAAAACCAGUGACCAAGCCCAACCACUGGUGGUACUAUAACUCCAUGGAGCAGCUGGAUGCCCUCCUAGAGUCUCUGAACACCAGGGGACGCAGAGAGAGUUCCCUGAAAGAGACCCUGUUACAGGAAAAGAACAAAAUCUCUCAAAAACUCUGCAACCUCCCUGCGAACCGCUUCAAUACAGCAGAUAACCCUCCAACGGGUGUAAAACGUGGGCGAUCCCAGACUGCGCCUGACUCUCUACAUGCCUCGGCAGAGAAGCAGCUUCAGUUCAGGCUAUGUGAACUCCUUUUGGAUAUUGAAGAUAGAAUUUACCAGGGGACCCUGGGAGCCGUCAAGGUCCCUGACCGGCAGUCGUGGAGAGCGGCUAUCGAGAAAUGUUCCACUGACCUCCUGAGCGACGAAGCAAAGGAGAACGGAGACGUGAAACCACAGAACAAUGAGCCUGCCGAAGAGAUGGAAAUUGAUUCAAAACUGAAUGUUAAAGACAGGCUCCAGGGACUGAAAAACGAAACCCCCAGCGCCACUUCCACAAGCGCCAACACCCCCCAGCCUAUGAACAACUCCGUACGUUUCUUGGCACGGGUUUUACUGCAAAUUGAACAGGGAGUGGAGCGAAAGUUUUUGAAAGCUCCCCUUGGAGAUGCAGAGGAUACCAAAAGGGAUGCAAAAUCUGAUAAAAAGAAAAAGGAAGACCGGAAAAGGAAAGAUGAAGAGCAAGCUAGCGAGAAAGACGAUGCCAGCGAGAAUGGCCGUACCCAGAGGACAGUACUGGAGCGAUGGAGGGACUCCUUGCUGUCCUCGGGAAGCCUGUCCCAGAUCUUCCUUCACUUGUCAACGCUGGAUCGCAGCAUUAUGUGGUCCCGCUCCAUCUUGAAUGCACGGUGCAAGGUCUGCCGAAAGAAGGGGGACGGGGAGAGCAUGCUGCUUUGUGAUGGAUGUGACAGAGGCCAUCACAUUUACUGUGUGAGGCCCAAACUAAAAUGUAUUCCUGAGGGGGACUGGUUCUGUCCAGAGUGCCGACCUAAGCAACGAUCCAGAUGGGCACCCACCAGACAGAGGCUCUUAGUGGACAGUGAUGAAGACAUGGAGGAGGAGGAAGAAGAAACUGUGGAGGAGGAGGAGGAGGAAGAGGAGCAAGAGCAGAGCGAAUAUGAAAAUGAGGAGGAAGAGCUGUGUGCAAUGUCUGAAGAGGAAAGUCCACCAAGGAGAGGACGGGCCAAGGUACAUUUUCCUUUGAAGAAGAAAGGCGGAAGGGCGGGUGGCAAACCCGGACCCAAAAAGAAAGGAAGGAGAGCCUCCAAAAGCCCGCAGGGAACACCAAAAAACGUCUUGCCUACACCAAAAGGACGAGGACGAGGCACAGGAAGAAAAACCCGAUCUGCUCCACCCUUGGAAAAUAAGAGGUCAUCGCGUCUCUCCACACGUAACUCAACGGCGGAUGCAUCCUCACCUGAGACUUCUCUUGUGGAGCUGGUCCAUGGGAAAGGCCCGGGCAGGGGUAGAGGUAGGGGCAGGGGCCGGGGCAGGGGCCGUGGAGGGAUGCAGAAGUCUGCUGGUAACACUCCCGUUGGAAGCCCGUUUGCCUUUCGGCCAUUCAGUCUUGAAAGUAGCGAGCAAACACCUCGAGGGAAAAGGAGCAAGUCCGACGAUUCACCGACUGCGCCGACUAAUUCCACGGGGCGAGGAAAAAGACGUCAGUCCGCAGACGUUUUUACCGCGGACCAAGGAAGCAGAAGGAGCUCCGGAAGGCAUCACGGUGUCCACGAGUUAUCGGCCUGCGAACAGUUAAUCGUGGAGUUGGUGAGGCACGACGACAGCUGGCCUUUCAUGAGACUCGUGUCCAAAACUCAGGUUCCAGACUACUUUGACAUUAUCCAGAAACCCAUUGCCUUAAAUCUCAUCAGAGAGAAAGUGAACAAGUGUGAAUACAAAUCGGCAGCUGAGUUUGUGGAAGAUGUCGAGCUGAUGUUCUCCAACUGCUUCGAGUACAACCACUUCAACAGCAGCGAGGCUAAAGCAGGAGUCCGGCUGCAGUCCUUCUUUGUGAGCGAGGCGGAGAAGCUGGGGUUGGAGGUCUCGCCCAGGAAAACUCAAGCUGCCCCCCCACCUUCCAAAAGGUCUCGCAUCUGAGAAGCUGCGCGCCGGGGGCCUCUUCUCCCGUCUCGUCUCACGUGGUUUCAGGGAAUACAAUGUCCUGCUGUACAGAAUCUCAGAAUAAAGUAAAAAAAUAAAAUAAAAAAACAACCCAAAACCCUCAGUCACCUAUUAAAGCACUGAUCCCUCUCACCGCCCAGCACUCAGGGGAAAGCAACUAAACGUUGCUAAGCCAGGACCACGCCACAUACAUGCGUUUUAUACAAUGUUAUAUGUAUAUCGGGUUUUCAGCAGUUUUACGGCGUUCUAGAAGAAUUUAUGUGUUAAGAAGUUGUUUACCAGUUCCUGACAUGUUUUCUCACUUUUCUACGUUGUGUACCUAUUUUGAUAAGCAAUUGACGGGGGCGAGGGGAAACUAAGCGGCCAUGCAUUUUCUACCUGAACAACACUACUUAAGUGAAUAAAGUAGGGAAUAUAUAUAUAUAUAUUUUUCUGUUAUUUUUGUUUCGUUUCCUUGGACUUGAAAAGCUUGAGUAUUUCUGGAUUUCGUACCUAGAUAUUUAUUUGGCAUUCCAAGAAACUUGCGAAUGUCUUUUUUUUGUAUUUAUGAAGCGUUGAACCUGGCGUGAAACGGUAGUGACGUGAAUUUUGAUAAUUUCUGUAUCGCACCUGAAACCUAGAAUUGGCUUUUGCCAGUAAACUUACGGAAGAGGUUAUCUCGUUUCCUUGUUUAAUGUUCACAUUCCAGUUUAAAACAAUAAAAUGUUUCUUUUUCCAGGA